AUGGAAAACCAGUUUCCUGCAAGCUCGGAAAACCCAGAACAAGAUGAAUACCUUAAUUUUCUGGAUACGCGACCGCUACAAGAAAGCAAUAGCGCUGCAAUAACUCCGCAGGCUAUUUUAGCACGGUCAAGCAUUCAUUCGUCAACCAACCUACAAUCGGUCUCGCCCGCAUCAGUGCUAUCGCCCAUGACUCAGACACAUACAAUGCACACGGCGUCACCGCAGCAGGUGUUGAAUUCUGGACCUACACCACAGCAGGUAUUGACGCAUUCGGUUUCGUCCCAGCAGCUUCAAAAUCAAGCACAGAGCCAGGUUCCUGUCCCAACUCAGAGUCAAACCCCUACCCAGUCUCAAAUCCAAGCUCAGGCGCCGACGCCUCAAGCUAUUUUGAGUAAUACUAACUCCGUUCAAGACCCACAAUUGAGCAAUACCAACACAAGGUCCAAUUCUGCUUUCGCAGACAGAACAGCUAUGUUUGCUGCAUUGCAACAAAGGCAGCAGCAACAGAGGCAAAAAUUACAGAUGAUGCAACAAACAGCAUCGCGUACUGGAUCACCUCAGGAUUCCACUGUUAAAAGACCAUCUGCGGAACCACAGUCUCAAUCCUCGUCCACGGGACAAAUUCAGCAAAUUCAAGGAAAUUCGCCAAAUCCUGAUAGCCUUCAGCAACAACCGCAACAGCGACAAGCGAUUCAGAAUCUAGACCCUGAUGUACAGCGGCGUGUAAGCAGCGAGCUGAACAAUAAGCAGUUCGAGCUAUUUAUGAAGUCACUCGUAGAGAAUUGUAAGAGGCGAAAUGCUCCACUGCAUUCAUUUCCUGAGAUUCAAGGUCGGAGAGUAAAUCUAUUUGUCUUGUACACUAUGGUUCAAAAAUUAGGUGGAGGCGAAAGCGUCACUCGGUUUCAACAAUGGCCAAUGCUUACGCAAAAACUACGGCUUCCAGAUGAUUCUUCUCAACAGUUGGCAACGUUGUAUUACCAUCUCUUGCUGCCUUACGAACAGUACUUGGCGUCACCAGAGGGAAUAAAGGAAACACAAUCUAAAAGGUUGUUUCUGCAACAAUUCUUGCAGGAACUACUCAAAAAAAUAUUGGGAACGCCAGCAAUUGCUCCGCCUGCUAAUGAAACGAGGCCAAGUAAUUAUGCAAGUGCCUCGCAUAGCAAUUCUCCAGACCCUAAUAAGGUGAAGAAACCACGUAAACCUAAAACGAAAAAGAAGUCUAAGAAGGACCUUGAGAGAGAAAUGAAAUAUCAACAAGAACAGCUUCAGAGACAGCAUCAAAUCCAACAAGAGCAACAGAGUAAACUCUUGAUGGAGCAAAAGGCGAAGCAACAACUGGAACAAUUGCGGCUGCAACAACAACAGGCUCUUCAGCAUAGUAUUGAAUAUCAAAAACUGCCUAAGUUUUACAAGCGCUCGUUCGCUCGAAACUAUGUGCCUUCAAGUAGGCCUAUAGAAACAUCCAAUGGAUACGACAUGAGGGCAGUUUCCCAAAUAGGCGAAAAAAUUGAUGCAAACAAACCGGUCUUUCUAUUUGCACCUGAAUUGGGUACUAUUAAUUUACAUGCAUUAUCGAUGUCCCUUUUAUCUGGUUGUUUGUCGGAGGUAAAUGUGGCAUUGAACACCCUAUUAGUAACAAGUGCCGACUCUGUGCUAAGUAUACCUCUGGAUCGUUUCAAUGGGCUCAUAGAUUCAUUGACCAUUUUAGGAUGUCAACUGCUAAAUAAGUUAUGCUUGUCCACUGACUUAUCUGGCCCAUCUAAUGAACACCAUUUGAAAGAUUACGACGUGGAUAUCUUAUUGCGAGAAGAUACGAAAUAUUCAAGAGCGAGCGAUAUGUUGGACGCAGUGUUCGAGGCAAAGUUGAGAAGUGGUAAUAACGAAGACCUAACAAUACGAGUUGAUUCUUUGACAGGUGUGGAUCUGCAGCAGGUGCAUCCGGCGCAGGAACAGAUACCUGUUAGCAUAUCUAACUUGGGCGAUGAUGAAGAGGAAAAAGACGAGGAGAAACCGCAAAAAAGAAGGUAUGAAUUUUCUAAAUGUUGGCAUUAUCUACCUGAAGCCCUCUGUGUCGCAGACGAUAUGAGUACAUGUAAAUUGAAUGUUACAGAUUAUCUGAGCUCGUUGAGAACUGUUCGAGACGAAGUUGAUAGUCUUUCCACAAAGGUCACCACUCGAGGUGCAGAGAAUCAUCAACUCAUGAUGGUUGAUCAGUUAUCAACCAUUUCUAUGAUAAUUAGAAAUCUGUCUUUCAAUGAAGUCAACACAUCUCCCAUCGCAACUAGCCAGUCUUUCAAGCGCUUCCUCAGUGAUUUGACAUGGGCUCUUUUCCUUCACAGCGAUAAAUUUCUUUUUCACCGGAAGUGCUUUAACUUUAGGAAAGACAUUAUAAUUACUUUGACCAACAUUGCACAUUUGUUCAAAAUAGAAGAUCACGUUUGCGCUUGCUUGCUGAUAUUUUUGAUUCUAAGCUUUGCAGAGGGGAGAAAUCAAUUGAGGAGCUCGGAAUCGCCCUCUUUCUUGGAAUACUCUGUUAAAAUCAGUAACUACCAAAGCUUUGGAGUUGAUGUUCUUGCGAAACUCCUAUCAUUGGGAUAUCCUAACAGAGUUUUGCUCAAAGCUGUUUUGUUGCAGCAAUUCAAGGUUGAACCCCAAAUGCAAGAUGUCAAAACAUGCCAAAAGUUGAUUUCUCUUUAUGAAGCUAGUGCGCCGCAGGAAUUCAAAGGUCUCGUUAUGCUGCAUGACACUUUUGCCUCACUUGUCUCGACAAUUCCUUUUCAACAACUGAACACGUCUCCGGCGCUGGUCGAAGAUGCUGGACCCAUCAUAUCACAAAGUAUUACCGCUCUACUCUCGCUAACGCGAAUGUGUCAAAAAGAGACUAUUCCAAGAGGAGCGGUAAACCUGCCAUUGCUAUGGUUGACAUCUGAGGAGAACGUGGGUUCCAGUUUGCGACGUCUAAGUGAGGCUUUAUCAAACUUAGGCAUUCACACCAACGGCAAUUUGAAGCAUCUAAAGUACCUCUUCAAUUCGAUAAGUAUCAAGACUCUUCGACUGGUCAACUUGUUGAUAGAGCGAGCCCUAGAUAUUGCAGAUCACAGUGAUGAUGAUAUCCAAAUCGACUACCACACAGCCGUUCGAAAGCUGAACAGUGUUCCGAACCUCUUGCCCUCAGAAGCAAACGCUUUUUCUCUACUCACCAAUCCCAUGGCCGAUUUUGCAGUGGCAAAGGAAAUGGAAGAGUUGUAUCGGAUAAGAAGUCGGCUUAUUGCUGAAGACAAUGACUUCCCUAUCUUUUCUCAAGCAAAAAAAGCAGUGACUUCAAGUGAUGCAAUUCAAAAUUGA